CAUAAGGAAAAGCCCCCUCUUUGGAAGCGUCUUAUUUGCUAACCUUGGGGAGAGGUUGGCUCCUUCUUGCGGUUAUCAUUUUGAGAAGUAAAUAAAUACUCGUCUUGGCAAUCAGCGACUGACGGCCUCUAGAUAUGUGCCAUAAGUGAGCUACAGCUAGCUUUCUAGUCCAGAAGCUCGCUAAAAGAGAGCUUCACAAGCUAGUACGCGCUAACGCUAGCUAAGUGAGGAGAACGAAUCCGUAACAUUCAACAUUAGAGAGCUACAUUCAUCAAAAAGAUCAGCUGAAAGGGGAAACUGUUGAGAUCGUAUCUACAUGACAUGCUACAAAGAAGCAGCACACGCUUGUUUGUAAAGACACUGAAGUGAAAUUACAGGCGACAGAUGAAGAUGAGCACAUCCCUUCCAUGAUUUUCCAUGAUUCUCACCUGGAGUGGGAGGGUGUUGUGAGAAAGGAGAGAGGAGGAAGGAGCACAAGGAGACUAUAAACAAGAGUCAUGAAUCUCCAUCAGGUCCUCACAGGGGCUGUCAACCCUGGGGACAAUUGUUUCUCUGUAGGGAACGUCAACAAUGUGCCAUUCACGGCCUAUGCGUCAGGUUGUGACGUGGUGAUUUUGGGUAGUGACUUUGAGCGACUGCAGAUCAUCCCAGGGGCCAAACAUGGCAACAUUCAGGUCGGCUGUGUCGACUGCUCACUGCAGGGUGGACAGAUUGCAGCUUCCUAUGGAAGCAUUGUGUGUGUCUUUGAGCCUGUUCAGCACCCACGUCAAAAAGAUACAUCGUUGACUAAGUUGAACUGCCAAUGGCAGAAGACUGGUCAGUUUGUGCUACAGUCUAUGGUGCGGAACCUGGCCUGGCACCCAACAGGCAGCACUCUCUUAACAGGCUCUAGUAGCCUCCAGUUGUGGUCUAAUUUUGAUGGAGUAAAAGAUGAAGCCGAAGAACGGGGAAAGCAGGCAGAAAUGUCCAUAAGAGACUCUCAUUCUGCCUGGAGGUGCAUCUGGCAGAGCAAGACGGCCUCCCCAGUCAGUUUAAUGAAGUUCUCGCCUGAUGGGGAAUUCUUUGCUACUGCUGGACAGGAUGACUGCCUAGUAAAGGUCUGGUACAGCACCAGUAAGUGGAAGUCAGGUGUUUCCAGACUCUUCACACCUCCAGAACCCAGUGUCAGUGUCCAGGGAGAGCUGGCCUUCUCCUUUGUCUACCUGGCCCAUCCCCGUUCUGUUACCGGCUUUUCUUGGAGAAAGACCAGCAUGUACAUGCCACGAGGUGCAGUGUGUAAUGUUCUGCUCACCUGCUGUAAGGACAGCGUGUGUCGGCUCUGGGCAGAGACACUGUUGCCGGGUGACUGCCUCCUGUCUGGUCUCCAUAACAACCAUGUUCCUGGCCCACACAGCGACACACUCAGAUGUGCUGGUCCUACCAGGAAGCACACCUGCAAUGGGAAGACCCAAGGAAAAACAGCACAGGAAAUGAAUUUUCAAGAAUUGUGGCAUUCCUCCUUAUAUCGAGAUGUGCCCCAGCCCUCCCUGACAGGCGGCCUGCCUCACCAUCAGAGCCGACACUAUAACCACAAGAGGAGCAACAGCAACACGCCCCAUGCUAAUGCUCUCUGCCACUUCCACAUUGCUGCCAGCAUCAACCCAGCCACAGAUAUUCCUCUACUGCCCUCCAUCUCUUCUCUGAGUGGUGUGGAUGAUGAGGAACCUGGAGGUCCUUUUACUGUCCACUGGCUCAACAACAAAGAGCUUCAUUUCACUUUAGCUAUGGAAGUCUUCCUACAGCAGCUCCGAGGCAGCCUGGAGCAACAGAACGAAUGCUCCCAUGAAGAGCCGGAAGAUGAGGAUAACUUCGAUGAAGAGGGCAAUAGUAGGCCAGGUGACCCCCAAGGACCCGAGGCUGUGGAGCUUCCUCUGGCAGCCGUGGAGCACCAGGUGGACGUGCUGGUAGAGGAGUGGAAUAAAGGGGCAGACAUGUUGUUCAGUAUUCAUCCCAUGGACGGCUCUCUGUUAGUCUGGCAUGUGGACUGGUUAGAUGAAUACCAGCCAGGAAUGUUCAGACAAGCUCAGGUGUCGUUUGUGUCCCGUAUCCCUGUAGCGUUCCCUACAGGUGAUGCAAUCUCCCUGAGCCACAGUGUUGUCAUGUAUGCCUGCAACAAGAACGUGGAUCUGGCUAUCCAACAUGGCAGACAACGACCGCUUGGGAGCACAUUGCCUCAAACAAAAUCUGCUCUAAUAAGCUACGUAGGUCAAGGAAAACCUGCACCCAGCAGUAGUCUUCGACUAAGUAUUUUCACCCCGAACGUCCUUAUGAUCUCCAAACAUGCUGACGGUUCCCUGAACCAGUGGGCAGUCAGUUUCGCAGAGGACUCUGCUUUUUCCACUGUGCUCAGUGUCUCUCACAAGUCACGGUACUGUGGCCACCGCUUCCACCUCAAUGACCUGGCCUGUCACUCAUUACUCCCUCUCCUCCUCACCACCUCACACCACAACGCCUUGAGGACGCCAGAGGUAGACAGCAUCCUGGCUCCUCCAGAGGCCUGCUCCACAGGUUUCUCUCAUUCAACAUCUCUGCCCCGUGGGUCACGGUCCAGCCGAGUGUCCCUUGGUGUGGUUUCCCAAGAUCCCAAUGCGAUCUACAGUGAGCUGAUUUUAUGGAGAGUGGACCCUGUUGGCCCACUGUCUUUAUCAGGCGGGGUCUCCGAGCUAGCCAGGAUCAAUUCUCUCCAUGCAUCGGCAUUUGCUAAUGUGGCCUGGCUGCCUACACUCAUUCCCAGCAGCUGUUUAGGUGUAUACUGUAAUUCCCCCAGCGCCUGCUUCGUGGCAAGUGACGGCCACUCACUCAGGCUGUAUCAGGCUGUCAUCGAAGCUAAGAAACUCCUGAGUGAGCUGUCUAACCCGGAGAUAUCAAAAUAUGUUGGGGAGGUGUUCAACAUCAUCAGUCAGCAAUCCACAGCAAAACCUGGGUGUAUUAUAGAGCUGGAUACCAUUACUGACUUUCAGGGGAAGGAGACCCAACUCCUGCAUGUUUUUGAAGAGGAUCUGAUCCUUGGGAGUGAGAGAACAGAGAGCACACAGGACACUCCUGAUUCUUCCCCCGCUGCCUCUGGUGAUCCGACUUUCUCGGCACGUUUUUUUCUGGUGGUGGUUGAAUUAACCCCGACAGGCCGCUCACUCCUCCACAUGUGGCAUCUCCAUCUUGCUGCUCGACCCGUCACCAUGGAGGAAACCAUGACAGAGAAGGAUGCCACCACAGCUUCUCCUAUAAACAGCUCUCAGUUUAACUAUGACACGUUCACUUCUCCAGUAAUUCAGAAGAGUAAAACCUGCACCUCCAAUCUGCAGAGUGCCUGUCGCCUCAGCCUCACAACACACAGACUAUACAGCCAAGAGAUGGCUCUGCCAGAAGGGGUAGAAGCCAUCAGUGUUACACCCUCAGCAGGUCACCUGAGUGCGUCAUGUUCUCUGCCAGCUGGCCGGGUGCCUUACCUCCUUGCUACUUCCUGUUCUGAUGGAAAAGUACGCUUCUGGAGGUGUAAGGUUGUGACGACAGAGCCCUUUAGUAUGGACACCUUGUUGUACCAGUGGGAGGAGUGGCCACUCUUGGUGGAGGAGAGGCUUCCCAACAGCAGUGCAGUAAGUGUGCAAGGUCGCCCCAUAGAGGUCAGUUGCUGUCACACUGGACGGAUUGCAGUUGCCUACAGGCAGACGCCAAACACACCUCUGAACUCAACACCUCAUCUGAACCCUCACGGACUGUUAACUUCUCCUCCUACCCUCGCAUCCUCCCCCUACAACACCCACCUGACCCCAACCCUUACUGUACAGCGCAGCCCAAAUCUCACUGCAAGCCCCAACCUAGCAACCAUUAGAGGACCAUUGGUCCACAUUGGCAUUUUCCAGUGUGAGUCCACCGGUGGUUCACAGUGGAUUCUAGAGCAGACCAUAGUCCUGGACAGCACAGAUCCGACGGCUAACAGUGGUAUGAACAGUAGCACAAAUGGAAAUGCAAGUAUUCCAAGUAACGUGGACUUCUCUUUACCUAACGAGAACUGUCUUGGUUCCACUAGUAAGAGCCUAGUUCAUUUGGACUGGGUGUCCCAAGAGGAUGGGUCUCAUGUUCUGACUGUUGGUAUAGGGACAAAGAUUUAUAUGUACGGCCGUCUCUCUGGGAAGCCUCCAGAACUGGGUCUGUCAUCUGAGGCCAAUAGAGACCAGAUCUUGUCUCGCCUGGUCUUGCUUCGAUCAGUUGAUCUGGUCUCUUCUGUUGAAGGCUCAUUACCCAUCCCAGUCUCCCUCUCUUGGGUACGAGAUGGCAUUUUGGUGGUAGGGAUGGACUGUGAGAUGCACGUCUACUCCCAGUGGCAACCUCCAACUCCACCCAAACCCAAUGCUGCCAUCACCCAAGACACAGACAUCAGCAGCAGUGUCUCCUCCAUAAUCUCAGCUGUCAGACAGAGCCAGGAGGAGGGACCCAGUCCUGGGGCUCCAAUGUCUUCACUAGCCCCUCCCAAAAAGGCCCUGACAAGGUCGAUGAUGAGCCUGGCUCAGAAACUCAGUGGGAAGAGAACAGCUUAUGACCUCCCUGUAGAGAUGGAAGAUUCUGGGCUUUUUGAAGCAGCUCACCAGCUCUUUCCCACUCUGCCCCAAUACCAUCCUGUACAGUUACUGGAGCUCAUGGAUCUAGGGAAGGUUCACCGUGCCAAGGCUAUCCUCUCCCACCUGGUGAAAUGCAUUGCUGGAGAAAUUGUAGCACUUAAAGACAGCUCCAACAAUCCAGAGAAACGUCUGCGUUCUCGAACCAUCAGCGCUGGAGGCAGCACAGCCAGGGAUCCAAAGAUGUUCAGCAAAGGGGUGGAGAACUCCACCCCUGACUACACAGAGAUAAGCUCCAUCCCUCCCCUGCCUCUGUAUGCCCUUCUGGCAGCUGAUGAGGAUACAUCACCAAAACCUGAUAAAGUGGGCAGUGUGAGCGGAGAUAGUGGGCAUGGUUCCAGUCACACAGAUGCUUAUGAUGAGCUCUUUCAUACACCAAGCAUAGUGGACCUUGACCCUCUGGACAACGAUCAGGAGCAAACAAGUAACAAGGUUAUUGACCUAUCCCAGUACAGUCCUACGUACUUUGGUCCAGAACAUGCCCAGGUCCUGUCCAGCCACCUCCUUCACUCCAGUUUGCCGGGAUUAACUAGUAUGGAGCAGAUGUCUCUCAUGGCGUUGGCCGACACCAUCGCUACCACAAGCACAGACCUGAAGGACAGUCAGGGGAAGAGCAAAGGUGGAGAGACACUGGAUGAGUGUGGUCUGAAGUUCUUGCUGGCUGUCAGACUGCAUACCUUCCUCUCUACCUCCCUGCCUCCAGCACACAGAGCACAGCUGCUACGACAAGGACUGUCAACAUGUCAUUAUGCCUGGGCCUUCCACUCUGAAGCCGAGGAGGAGCUGCUGAACAUGCUCCCUGCCCUACAGAAGGGAGAGCCCACCUGGCCUGAGCUCCGCUCCAUGGGCGUGGGCUGGUGGCUGCGGAGCACCAACAAGCUACGAAGGUGCAUUGAGAAGGUUGCCAAGGCUUCUUUUCAGAGAAGCAAUGAUCCUCUGGAUGCAGCUAUAUUUUACCUUGCACUGAAAAAGAAGGCUGUGGUCUGGGGAUUGUACAGGUCUCAGAAGAAUGCCAAAAUGACUGAGUUUUUCCGCAACAACUUCAGCGAGGACCGGUGGAGGAAAGCAGCACUGAAAAAUGCCUUUUCUCUGUUGGGAAAACAGCGGUUCCAGCAUUCUGCAGCCUUCUUCCUUCUUGCUGGCUCCCUUAAGGAUGCUGUUGAGGUGUGUUUAGAGAAAAUGCAGGACCUACAGCUGGCUCUGGUGAUCUCCAGAUUGUAUGAGUCUGAGUUUGAGACAGCAUCCACCUACAAAAAAAUCCUCCAGAGACGUGUUCUGGGACAAGACAAACAGAUUCCAGCCCACCAGGACCCUUUCCUGCGGAGCAUGGCUCACUGGGUCCUGGAGGACUACAGCAGAGCCUUGGACACUCUACUUGAGCAGCCUGCUAAUAGCAACAGUUCGGGAUCCUCUGAGAGCAAAUGUGAUUCUGGUUCCUCUUCUGUGUCUCCUUGUAACCCUGAGGUUUUCAACUUUUACACCUACCUCCGUACCCACCCACUCCUCCUUCGUCGCCAUUUCGGCUCUUCAGACAAGGCUAAAGUUGGCCUGACCGCUGAGGGUCGCAGGGCUGAUUCCGUUAGCCUGGAGGAGAGAAGACUGUUUUUCACAGCUGCAUAUGCACACCUACACGCUGGCUGCCCCAUGCUUGCACUUGAAGUCCUCUCCAAGAUGCCCAAAGUCCACAAGCAUUCCAAACUCCUGAACCAGGAGGAUACAGGCAUCACUGGUGAACUCAGUGUUGGGAGUAAGAAUGGACAAGCAUCAGACCCAGAUUGGGCUCAGCCGGCUCUGAAUGGCUACGAGUCAGAUGGGAACAGCUUAUCCAACAGUAAGUCAGAUUCUGUGUUAAGUUUUGACUGGAGCCAGCCGUCAGUGACACUUCCAGAUGAGCCCCUGGAGCUGAAGUGGGACAGUGACAAAGACGAUGAAGAAGAUUAUGAGGAUGAAGAAGAAACUAAGAAUGGUAAGAGCGGUAGAACUGCAGACAGCAGCAGUGUGUUCCAGGACACGCAGGAUGCCAUGUCGCCGCUAAUGGAGACGGUGACGGGAGAGGACAGUGAAGACGGCAAUGACUUCAUAGCGCCUUCUGAUGACAUCUUGGCAGCCCAGCUGAAGUUUACCGCCUGCUUGAAGAUUCUGACCAAUGAGCUGCGGACGCUGUCGACAGGGUAUGAGCUCGAUGGGGGGAAGCUACGUUACCAGCUCUACCAGUGGUUAGAAAGAGAGGUGGUGGCUCUCCAGCGUUGCUGCAGUUACAAGCCCUGCCUGCCAGAGCUGUCUGUCCAGGGUGAUGCCCCUGUUUCUGGGUUGGUGGAGGAGGAACAGCCUGGAAGCCCUCGUGGUGACAGCCAGAGGAGCAGGAGACACUGGCUGCAGAGUAACCAGCCCUUAUUGAGGAUGUUUCUGAGCUACUGCAGCUUGCAUGGCUCCCACGGUGGAGGACUGGCUUCUGUACGCAUGGAGCUCAUAUUGUUGCUUCAAGAAUCUCACCAGGACGACUCUAUCCAAUCAGUGGUGACGUCAAGUUCCCAACCCACCUCUAUCCCUCUUCUGAUGGCUUGCACAGCCAACGUAAAGACAGUGGUGGCCAAUCCCAUCGUGUACCUGACCAACCUGACUCAUGACAUCUUGCAGACCAUCAAUGCACUCGACUCUCCUCCACAUCCUGAUGUUGUUAACAAUGAGAUCUAUGUGAUGCACACCUUAGCUGCUUCCUUGUCUGCCUGUAUAUAUCAGUGUCUGUGUGAUGGACACACCUACAGCCAUGUGAACCAUUUCACAGGGAUUGUGUAUCAGAGUGUAUUGUUGUCUCAGAAGCAUCCAGUCAGAACUGUCAGCAUGGAUGAGUCUGUGCAGCCCAACACUUCUCCUGCACAGUGGCCAGGCAUCGCCUCCCUGAUUCGGCUGUUGAGCUCAGCAGGUGAGGAGAGCCAGCCAGGCUUGGCUGUGCUGCUCUGUGAGAUCCUGACUGCUGUCUUCCUCAGUCUGUUUGUUCACGGCAUGGCCACACACUCCAGCAACGAGCUUUUUCGCAUCGUGGCCCACCCUCUCAACAGCAAGCUUUGGGUGACGGUGUUUGGAGGAGGUGCCCGGAUCCCCGUCAUAGAGAAACCUAACAGCCCCAUGAGAACACCUCCACCAGCAUCCCCGAGUGGCUCAGACAGGAAGUCCAGGCGAUUCAGGCUUCUGUCAUCACGCAGUGGAUCCAAAGAGGAGUCUGGGAUAGAGCGGGAGGGGCCAUCCAGUCCCAAGCAUGUCCCUGUAGUGGAGCAAGAAGCUGCGUCCAUCUUUAAAGAACGAUUUGUCCCGCCAGAGCUCAGCAUUUGGGAUUACUUUAUUGCCAAGCCUCUGCUGCCACCAUCAGAAAACAGAAUUGUGUAUGACUCAGAAGAGAGCCAGGGUAGUCAAGAUGAAGACGAAGAUGGCGAUGAAUAUGAAGAUGUGUUUGACCCCAACUCUCCACAACGAGAGCAUUCGAACCACAAUUCAUACAGUUGGUGUUUAAUGCGUCUGGCAAUGGUUCAGCUGGUGUUGGUCAACCUCAAGUCCUUCUACCCAAUGGCAGGAUAUGAUCUAUUAGAUCUGCCUGUGGGCUCUCCUCUGUGUCACGCUGUGCUGAAGACGCUGCAGCGCUGGGAGCAGUUGCUGCAGAAAAGACUGGAGAUCUUUGGGGGCCCCCCUUCUAAAUACAUCUCCACACACCUUCAGGACGAAACAGCCACACCUGGCCCCGCCCUGCUCAGACACAAGGUUCUGUUUGAACCAUCCAACACCCCGUUCAGGACUAACCACCAUUCGGCGCUGCCAGUGAAACGAUUGUGGCAGUUUCUGGUCAAGCAGGAAGAAGUACAAGAAACUUUCAUUAGAAACAUCUUCACCAAGAAACGGGACCCGAAUGAGUCGGUUGAGGACCAGACUGACAAUAUGAAAUGUUCAGGGAUGGACGAGACAGGAAACCAUCAGACUGAGUCAGAUCAGGGCUCCCCCGGAGGAAAGGCACGCAUCAUCCACAAGGAAUCUGACAUCAUCACAGCCUUUGCCAUCAACAAGGCAAAUCGUAAUUGUUUAGUCAUGGCCUCCACCCAUGACAUUCAAGAGUUGGAUGUGUCAUCCAUCUUGGCCACACAGAUCUUGACAUGGAUCGAUGAUGAUGAGGCCGAAGCCAAAGGUGUUGGAGGCGAUGAUUUCCUGGUGGUCCAUACACGAGAUGACUUUGCCGCCCUCCAUGGCACCACACCAUACACCCACAGUAGCCCUGGCACACCCAUCAACAUGCCAUGGCUGGGAGGCGUGCAGACUGGCAGGGGUGCAGCUGUGAUGAUCAAGAGAAACAUCAAUAAUGUGAGAAGAAUGACCUCGCAUCCCACACUGCCUUACUACCUGACAGGAGCUCAGGAUGGUAGCGUGAGGAUGUUCGAGUGGGGUCACUCCCAGCAGAUCAUCUGCUUCAGAAGUCCAGGCAACUCCAGAGUCACCCGGAUACGAUUCAACCACCAAGGAAACAAGUUUGGUAUCGUAGAUGCUGAUGGAGGUUUGAGUCUCUGGCAGACCAACACAAGUGGGAAUACACCCAAACCAUUCCUGACGUUGCAGUGCCACAACAAGACAGCUCAUGACUUUGUCUUUGUGGGCUCCUCCUCCCUCAUCGCCACUGCAGGUCUUUCAACAGACAACAGGAACGUGUGUUUGUGGGACACUCUGGUGACUCCUGCUAACAGCCUUGUACAUGCUUUCUGCUGCCACGAGUCGGGUGCUACUGUGCUCGCAAUGGCCCCCAGGCAGCAGCUGCUUAUCACAGGUGGGAGGAAGGGCUGGAUCAGCAUCCUGGAGCUUCCCCACAAGCACCAGCGCCAGAGCUUCCAGGCCCAUGACUCGCCUGUCAAAGCACUGGCUGUCGAUCCAAUUGAAGACUGCUUUAUCAGUGGAUCAGCUGAGGGCAACAUCAAGGUUUGGAGCCUGGCCACUCAGAGUCUCCUCUACGCCUUUCCGAACGAACACGCCCGCCAGUCGCUGUUCAGGAACCUCGGCACGGGUGUCAUGCAGAUCGAGGUGGGACCGGCCAAUCACAUCUUCUCCUGCGGCGCCGACGGAACCAUGAAGAUGAGGAUCCUCCCCAACCGCUUCAGUGUUGUCAACAACAACCACGGCAACCUCAAGAACGAUGUCAACUUCAUCAUAUAGACAGAAAAAUGUGGAGUUAAAGCAACUGAGCUGAAUAAUGUGAAGUGCAUUUUAGGAUGGAGCAAAGUUUCUAACAAUAUUGUGGAAAGUACCAUAAUACCUGAUUGGAACAAUGGCCAUCAAGUUUAAGUAUUAUCAUCCAGUUUAAAGGAAGAAUAGCUUUCAUGACAAUAUAUAUAUAUAUAUCUCCUAUAUUCAUAGGAUUUACAGACUUUCACAGAGUAAGAGCACGUCGUCUGAUUCAGGGCCCCAGAGAGAGUGAACAUGCAGUGAAAUGAUCACAUCUGCAGUGCUUCGUGUGGGACAUGAACCCAGACUUGGCAUCAGAGCCGACAAAGCACAGGAGCGAAGUGUUUUUAAACUCUUGUGGAAGUUAAAGUGGGCACAGGGUAACGGCCGAGGGCACAUUCAAAAGAGACAAACACCCACCUGGAGAUUCUCCAAAACAAACUACCAUGUCAGUGUCUGCUGAAGAGCACAUGGAGAGCUUUUUUUUUUUUUUUUUUGCACAGGGAGUGAAGCUGUAGAAGGAGCAGUAGUGAGAAGAGACUGUGAAGAGUCUAAAGCUGCAGCAUUGUUCUACUUAAAUAAUAUCACCUUCUCUUUAGUUCAUGUUAGUAACACAGUCAUGAUAGUGGAAGCUCCUCUGGGAUCACUGCAGGAGCGUCCAGGUGAUAAAAUAAGACUGUGUGUGCAGUGCAUCGUACAGAUAUACGUGAUCCCGUUUGGGGAUGGAACGUCUCAAGACUGUACAACACUAUCAAACCCGCUCGGCACAAUGCAGUAAGGCCAGUGGACAUGGUACAAAGCACAUUAGAUCCAGUCACAAGGACUCCCGGCACAUUCUAGUGCCCAGUAUAAAUUUUUUAACACAAAUGAUGCCAGCUUGAUUAAAAAGCAGACGACCGGGUAUUCGAUCAAACCACACUUAAGGAAUUACAGGAUGUCAAUUUCAUAUCACUAUUAUUCAGUCACGUUUUGAUUUCAAGCGUUUGGCUGAUGUCCUUCUCUAUACCUGACCUGAAAUGAACACAGGAAACCUGAUUUUAUGAAGGUGGAAAGAAUAAACACAUCAUACUGAAUCUCUUCAAUUCAAAACAAUGGUGUGACAUUUUAGGGAAUGUUAUUUGAUUUCUGGCAGAGACGUGAGGUGAGAAGAUUGAUGCCACUCAUGUUUGUGUAUUAAAUAUGAGUCUACAGUCAGCAGCUCUAUAGCUUAGUUUAGUUUAGCUUAGCUUAGCUUAGCAUAAAGACUAGAAACAUGAGGAAACAGCUAGCCCGACUCUGCGCACUCUGUUCCUACAACAACAACAAUAUCCCUGCCAGCAGCUCUAAAGUUGACGAUAAAUCUUUUUUUUUUUAUCCGUACAUAAAGAAAUCUAAAUUAUUUCUAUUUUACAGCUGAUUAUACAGGCCAGACUGUUUCUUGACUUUAUUUCUUUCUUUUGGAUAAUGUUGCGUUAAACAUAAAAGUCUUCACUCCUAUGUAGAGAUGUGAACUUUUACCAAGUUGUAAUAAACUGAGCCGAUAUUCAUUCAGUCUCAAUCAAACUAAUCAGAGGAGAGAAGCAGCAUAGCCUCUGUUCUGUAAAUAGAAAAUAUCAUGUUGCCAUGGUUUCAGUGAGUUGCUGUGGGCUCCAAGUUGAGCCCAUUUUUUUGGAGGGGGUUCCCAUUCAUGUUUUACAUUUUGGAAAAGUUCACCGAUAGCAGUUCCUGUUUGGUGUGUACCAGUGGAUUUACUGACAACUAUGAUAAAAUUACUCUGAUACUGAAGAAAAGUUAAAAACAUGAUUCUGGAUCUCACGCACUAAGGGUUUUAAAGUGGCCUACCUUCUAUGAGCUGUGCAUCACUGCCACUGAGAAGCUGCUGAUUGUAAGCAGACCAAACUACAGUAACUAACCUGCUGUUGUUUUCAGAGCACCUGCAUGCACCUGUCACUUUCACCUCACGUCGCUUCCUCCGCGCCUCCCUUACAGUUUAAAAACUUUGGGGAUAUAGCCACACAGUUAAAGAAAAAGUAACCCUUCUUUUUGAACAGCUAUAUAUGAGAGUAUCAAGCUUCUCGUCCUCUCCACUUGAAAGUGAACAAGAAGUGUAUUUUCCAAAAUGUCAAACUCUUCCUUUAAUCGAGCUAGUCAAAAUUUGUGACUGGAGUUCACGUGUGUGCCAGAACCCAGUGUUUUCCUAACUUGGAAUGGACUACCUGAAUGCACCAUUUCUCUUUCUCUAUUUUGCACAUAAAACUUAAGCUGAACUAUAAAUAGUGUAAUGCAUAUAACAACGAGACGGGAUGACAAUAAAGCAGCCCAAGCAUCUUGUCAUAGAUUACAAUAUAUGGUACAAUAUGUUUUAUCCUGGCCUAGAUUUAAUCAGUGGUAUUACUAUUAUUAUUAAGUGUCCUUAAUCUCUGAGAACUACUUCUGCUAUGCUGGCACAGUACUAGUACUGUUGGUCCUGAUAAUAUCGAUUAUUACUGAUGUUAAGUUGCACAAAGUAGCUUUAAUUUAAGGCCCCUUGUUGGUAUGGGACACCUUGAAUAAUACCUUUUCUGGCUGCAUUCUGUUUUUUGAAAUGUUGAAUAUUAAUCUUAAGAACAUGUAGCAGGAAACUUUGCUUUUGACAAUGGAAAGGGGUUGUGGUGGGGCAGUAAACAAGUUUUAAUGGAUAUCUUAUUUUGUUGUGGAAAUGUUUUAUUCCAAUAAUGAUGCACUUCCCUUUCAUCUACUCCCAACUUUAAUCUUCCAUGUGGACCAUGAUUGGAAACUGCCUUUGAAACAAUAUUGUUUGCCUUGUAGUAAUCUUAAUUUUAUUAGCAGACUUGCUUUAUCUGCUUUGCUAUUCAGUUCCUUUGUAACAAUUACAGUAAUUACCUUAACUUCACUUUUUCUUAUCAUUCAGUUUCUUUUUUUUUUUUUUUUUUUAUCAUGCAAAUGCAGCACAUUGCCUUCAGUACAUGCUUGGAAACUGUAAUCUAGGUUGGUGGAGCUGCAAACUGUCCUAUAGCAGUGAAGUGUGAAGGAGGAGAAUCCAUUAAGAGAACGACCCACAGAACCUUGUGCUGCUGUAGAGAAACAAAUGUACAAUAGCUUUGAUUUCAGGGAGGAUAAACUGAGGAAUACCUUUUAGAUGAAGCAGAUUUAUUGCAGUUAUGUAUAUACAUAGAUUCAUAAUACCUACAUAAUUAUAACAACUAGUCGUAGACAAACAGCAGGUAAUGACAAAAGCCACUUUAUGAAGAAUAUUAUUCUGUACAAAUACAGGUAUAUUUAUGAAAUAUGUUCAUAUUUAGGAUUAUACACUAAUUGAUCAAAAGACAGAUGUAAUCUUAUUUCCUGCUUCUUUUUCUCAUUUUUCUCAUUUUGUGAGUUUGAACAACCACAUUACGAUUUUUUUUUUCCCCGCAAAUCAGUGGUUGGAAAAUGAUCUGUGCUCCUGCAGUAACUGGUGAUUAAAAUACAUUUUAUCAAAGCCAGACAAUAUGUAUUCCGACAAAAACUGGAGAAUAAAACACAUUUUAUCAAUUACUGGUGAUUUUCCUCAUUCAGCUCAAUGAAAAAGAACCAAGUUAUCACAUUCAACUCUGAUUUCUUCGCUUUCCUCUCUUCAAUCUUGCAAAUGUGAAUUUGAUCAGAUAAUUCUAAUUUUUUAAUGAAGAUAAUGUGUAAAUCAAUGUAUUAUACAGAAAAUGUAUCAAUGUAAUAAAAAAAAAAAACUAUUUAACAUGA